CGGUGGGUACGGACACAAAGAUCUUCCUAGAUCAACGUGGGACGGAUGUUGUAAGUUGCCGAUUGGAAAUUCUUACAUGUUGGAAGAGAUUGGAGAGCGAUUUCGAGGAGCUUCGACUGAAACAUUCUCGAAAAUAAGCGUCUUUUCUAUACACACCUAUGAGAACCGGAUUGAAUUGUGGAGAAUGCAUGUUCCGUCUUGCGGAGUCCUACAAUACGAACGGACACAUAAGACAGUCGUUCCUACCUGCUUUGAGGAGGAGCGAAAAUGCAUCUUUGAUUUUGUUAUUGUCUUGUGGGAUCUCAAGUGUUGGUUGCUGGAAGUUGCCGAAGUCAUUUAUAAACUACAAGAAGAACACAACGAUUCGGAUACGAAUGUGUCCAAUCUUUCUGCCUGUCCUAAAAAAAUCUUGCCUGAAGUAAAUGCAUCAUCUACACCUCAAAUCACUCCAGCUAAAGCAGAUAAUAAUGAUCUCACAGAUCUUAAGGAGGAAGAUUUCUGUGGUGGUGAAGUA